AUGGUGCUAUUCAAGAGAAAACCAGUGCAGUUUCUGCCUCCCGCAGAGAUUGAGGAUGACGAUGCCGAGGUCUGGCACAUCCCUCAAACGGGAGAAAUAUUUGCUUCUUAUGAGGACUACUUGAAUCGAAUGGAUUUUUACAAGCAGCGCCGCUUCAAUGACGAAAUCACGGGCCAUUCAGGUCUUACAUUUUUCGAGGCUUACACAAGCGAGCGUGCUGGUGGUCAAGAGGUCGAGGCCGCCUUCCCCGAAGCUCUCAAGGGCCCUAUCCUCCGAAAGGUUCAAUUCCAAACUAUUUCUCGCCUCGAUAACCUCGUCGAUAUGGUUUACGAUGAAUUCAAGGCCGAUUUUUAUCCCGGAGAGGAUGUCUUUGUCACCCUGGACGAGUUUAACAAUGAAAGACGGGCUUGUCUUGUACGAGAAAAGACAACUUUUGGUGCUAGAAUCUUGCCGGAUGGCUCAAGCUCUCUCCCCACAAGCCGCUAUCUGGUCGUCCUCGGCGGUGGCUCUGGAAAGGAACAAGUCGUCACCAACGAUAACCUGAGCCGUGAGCGCGGCGCCUUUACCAAAUCCAUGCUUCGGUCCUUUCUGAAAAGAACAGUCAUUCGAGAGGCGUGGAACGGCGCCCCAUGGCUCGUCAAGCACGACUACGCCAACCAAUAUCACAUCGAUACCAGGAUCCCCCCUCACCUUCGGCACGACACUAAGAUUCAGGAGCGCAAGCAGCUUCUGGCUCAGAAGCGUGAACGAAACUCAAUACACGACGCGAAUGGACACAGCCCAGCGGUGCAAACUGGCCCGGUGCGCCUGCCUGAGCUGAAACCCGCCCCCAAGAGUCACAAGGGAAAGCAGACUCCCAACAGUGCAGGGACCAAAGGCCUCAAAUGGCCCACGGAUAUGGCACCCGACGGUGUCAAUGGCGCUGGUUACCCGCGAUUCAACGACGAACGAGCCGCUGCACCGCGUGAGCCGACACCUCCACCGCCUCCUCCGCCGCCGAAAUACCCCAUCGAAGAUUUGCAGCUGGAGCCGAGGGAGGGCAAUGUGCGGCCACAGCUCAAAUUCAUGUGUAAGGAUCCUCCUGUCCAGAUGGAAGUGGACGAUGCCAUCUCUCGCCAAAUCGACAUGGACACUGUGGGACCUCUCCUAGAGACAUGGGACACGCUCAACGUUUACUGCGAAAUCUUCAAACUCGACUCCUUCACCUUCGACGACUUUGUCGAAGCCUUGUCAAUUGCUUCGAAUAACACUCAAGUUCAGCUUUUCGACGAAAUCCAUUGCUCCGUGCUAAAGAUUCUUGUCGACUCCGAAUCCGACGGCGGCAAGGUGCGCAUCACUCUGCCUGAGGUGGAAGAGGAUGACAGCGACGAGGAAGGCGACGAAAAAGAGGAUGGAGAAGAAAGCGGAGAAGAAAGCGUUGAGCUGGAGGAUAUUCCCGUCGCGAGGGCUACCCGCAGCAGUCUAGCAAAGCUUGAGGCGGAGAGGCUGGCUGCUGAAGCAGCAGCUGCCGAAGAGGAAACUCUUCGCGCAGAGCAGGAAACUAAAAAUCGAGCAGAGGAGCUUUUGAAAGAAUUCGACUGGAUCGAGCAUCUUCGCCAGCGAAAUUUCCAGAACGGAGGCUGGCAGAGAAUCAUAGUUGGUCUUCUGCAUCAGCUCUCCAAGAAUGAGCGCCUGCAACAAGCCUGUGAGGAGCUUCUGCAGCAGUUGGUACCUGCAGAGAUGAUACCGUCACCAGAAAACGUGCAGCAGCAGUAUGCCGAGAUGGACAUCAACUACCGCGUCAAGGCACUGCAGAUCAUUUGCAUGCUGACAAUGGAGACAAAGGCUGUCAGAGGUUACAUGGAAGACUGCAGCGAAACCAUGACCAAGUAUCGCAAGGACAAGAUCGAGUGGCAGCGACAACGGAAACAGGCAACCGAAGAGCUCCGGCAACUUAAUGAACAGCGUAAACUGUUGAUGCCGGAAAACGAACCUGCAGAGGAGACCAACGGCACUCCUGUUAAGGAGGAGAUAGACGUCAAGAUGGCAGACGCUGACGAAUCAAUCGUGAGCAGAGAUGAAGAGGCCGAAGACAGCCAAGAUGAGAAUUCUAAGAAAAAGCGUCGAAGCCGCGUCUUGACGGACAAGAAGAAGAAGCAUGAGGAAGAGGAAAAGGCCAAAAAGGCAAAAGAAAAAGCAUUGGAAAAGACGAAACCGCAACAGUCGAAGCAGUAUAUCAAGCUUCUCAAAGACAUACAAAAGAAAGAGGAAAUCAUCAAGAAAUGCGAAGAAGAAGUCGGCAUCAUCGACAACGAUCUACGGGAGGCUGAUUGCCCAAGAACUCGUGUCCUUGGGAAGGAUAGGUUUUGGAAUCGUUACUAUUGGUUUGAGCGGAACGGCAUGCCUUAUGCCGGAUUGCCUGACAGUUCUACGGCACAUGCGGCGUACGCCAACGGAUGCAUAUGGAUUCAGGGCCCCGACGACCUGGAGCGAGAAGGAUAUAUUGACCUGCCGACCGAGCUUCAAAACGAGUACAAGGCCAAGUUCAAUAUGACUGUCCCAGAACGGAAGACAAUGGAGGAAGGCGGCAGCAGUGUUUUCAACGCCAAGCAAUGGGGCUACAUCUCGGAACCAGAAGACCUCGACCAACUCAUCAAGUGGCUGGAUCCUCGCGGCUUCAAUGAGCUGAAACUACGAAAGGAGCUGGUUGCCUACAGAGACAGGAUAGCCAAGCACAUGGAGAAUCGCAAAAAGUAUCUUACUGGCGAUGCCGAGGAGGACGAAGGCGACAAGAAGGAGGAGCCGAAACGAGUGAGCUCAAGGAUCCGAGAGAAGACUCCUGACCCGCCCAACUACCGCUGCCUGCAAUGGGAGAACACAAUGGCUCUGGAAGAGCUGGGCCACUUGCAUGGCGAUCCACCGCCGCCUCCGCGAUCCAGAAAGCAAACAAAGAAGAGGGAAGCCAUGACCGAGGCUGCACCGAGACCCGCCACCAAAACGCGACGCAAGUGA